AUGAAGGACAAGCAGAGGUCGGCAAGCAGCCUCCAGGAGAUCAUGGAGAAGCUGAAGCAAGCGAAGCAGCAAGCGCUCAAAACCGAGGGCGAGACAGAUCCACCGACGGUUCCAGUGAAGGAGGAGAUUCCGGACCACAUUCGCAGCAGGCUCGAGCCCCAGCUGUCCAGAAGGGUCAUCCUCAAGGCGAGAAAGCGUCUUCGGAUGUACGGCGACGACGAGCUCUCGGCUGAUGCAUCCAGCAAGCGUCGAAGGAGGGCUUCACCGGAGAGGUGUUGUGCACGCCAGAUAUAUCUGCUGAGGGAGGCGCAGAGGAGCGCCAAUGAUUGGGAUCCGUCGUACCAUAACGCGGACAAGGUCUUCAAAAAGUGGGGGCACUUGCUGCGGCUGGAGUCGCCGGACAGGCUCAUCUUCACCCACCAUCAGGUCUCCAAGGUUUUCAGGAAUGGGCCUCACAAAGGACAGCCCCUGCAGCGUUUGCUCUCCGAUCUGGAGGGAGGCAUCCUGGAAGCCCAGCACCUCACGGCCCUCGUAGGCCGGAUCGUGUCCUGGGCUUUCGUGGGCUUUAGGCGUAGACUCAGGUGGAGGUUUUAG